AAUUUUCCUUAAAACAAUUAAGAAAGACAGGAAGGCGAAUCUUUCUUUCUUUCUUUUUUUCUUUUAUUUUAUGGGAAGGACGAAUUUUCUUUAUAAUCCUGCUCUGCUCCGAAACAAUGCCAGCGACCCACCACCUUCUUCUCUGUCCCUCCUCCGCCCCCAUUCCCCUAUCCCUCCUCGGAUUGGAGAUGUCCGCCGCCGUCGGAUCCUUCACCGCCCUCGUACCGCAGCCGGCGACGCGGAGGCGAGUUGCCUGGGCCACACGGUGCUCGGUGGCCGGCAGCGUCGCGGCGGCGAGCCCGAUUCUCAAGAACCUGCACCUCAAGUGCGCCACGCCUCUCCCCGUGCUCCGCCACAUCGCCGACGCCAUGGCCGCGGAUAUGAGGGCCGGCCUUGCCGCCGAUGGCGCCAGCGAUCUCAAGAUGAUUCUCAGCUACGUCGACUCCCUACCCACUGGGAAUGAGAAGGGCCUGUUCUAUGCACUAGAUCUUGGAGGUACUAAUUUUCGAGUGCUGAGGGUACAAUUGGGAGGAAAGGACAAUCGGGUGGUUGACACCGAGUUUGAGCAGGUGUCAAUUCCUCAAGAACUGAUGCAUGGUAGCACUGAGGAGUUAUUUGAUUUUAUUGCAUCUGGGUUUGCGAGGUUUGUUGCAAAAGAGGGUGAGAAAUUUCGUCUGCCUCAGGGGAGAAAAAGAGAAAUCGGUUUUACAUUCUCCUUUCCAGUGAAGCAGACUUCAAUAGAUUCUGGUAUUUUGAUCAAGUGGACAAAGGGUUUUGCUGUCUCUGGGACGGCAGGGAAAGAUGUGGUCGCAUGCUUAAAUGAAGCUCUGAAAAGGCAAGGGAUGGAUAUGAGGGUCUCUGCCUUAGUUAAUGAUGCAGUGGGUACACUGGCUGGGGCACGCUACUGGGAUGAUGAUGUUAUGGUUGCUGUGAUUUUGGGCACUGGUACUAAUGCAUGUUACAUAGAGCACAUGGAUGCAAUUCCUAAGCUGCAGGAUCUGACAACUGGAUCUGGAAAAACGAUUAUCAACACAGAGUGGGGAGCAUUUUCAACUGGUCUUCCUUUGACUGAGUUUGAUAAAGAUAUGGAUAAAGAGAGCAUAAAUCCUGGAGAGCAAAUAUUCGAGAAGACAAUCUCUGGGAUGUACCUAGGUGAAAUAGUAAGAAGGGUACUGCUCAAGAUGGCUGAAGUUUCAGCUUUGUUUGGUGAUUAUGUUCCUGAUAAGCUCUCUGUUCCCUUUGUAUUAAGGACUCCUGAUCUUUGUGCUAUGCACCAGGAUGACUCUGAAGAUCUGGAAGCAGUUGACUUGAUCUUGAAUGACACUGUUGGUGUAACAAGGUCCUCCCCAGAUGCAAGGAAGAUCGUUGCAGAGGUCUGUGAUACCAUAGUGAAGAGAGGUGGGAGACUGGCUGGGGCAGGUAUAGUGGGUAUUCUGCAGAAAAUGGAGCAAGACUCCAAAGGACUUAUCUUUGGAAAAAGAACGGUGGUUGCAAUGGAUGGUGGCCUUUAUGAGCAUUAUCCCCAGUACCGGAAAUAUCUCAAGGAGUCUGUGACAGAGUUACUUGGUUCAGAAGCCUCAAAAAAUGUGAUCAUAGAGCAUACGAAAGAUGGUUCUGGCAUUGGAGCAGCUCUUUUGGCAGCCAUAAAUUCUAAGUAUUCAACUGAAGUCUAAGAUUAGAUAGGCGAUUCCCAACAGAGUGAUAACAAAUUUUUUUACGGCAGUUUUGUUUAGUCGGAGUUGUAUCUUUUGUACUUUUAACCAAGUUGAGCAUCUUAGCUUUGAGGUGAGGAUUAAGAGUCA